AUGACUGAUCUUCUAAGCAAGAUUCAGCUUGCUUGCCCGCAAUUUUAUGUUUACGGUCAUGGUGCAACUUGUCAGGUGCAUAGUUUUGUUUUCACCAUGAAUUGCUUCGUGCUGAUUAAACAAUAUAUAAAAAUGAUAUUAUAUAAUUAUUUAGAUAUUGUAUUCGGUUAAAUUUGGUGCUUUUACAAAAUAGUUGAAUUAUAUAAAAUGAAAUCGUGCAUUUCUUACUAUGACUUACAUUAUUUUUCAUUAUGUAUUCAGUGUUAUUUAUCUAAUUAUUUCAUUGAAGUUUUUGUCUUUUAGUUGUUGUACAGUCCAGGAUGUCUUGAAGGGUGGGGAAUGGUUGACGGAGAAGUCAUGGAAAGACUUUGGUCUUAUCUUAGGUUGUUUAGAAAGAUGACAAAAGAAAUGACUGCCAGCCACCGAGAAGACAUAUUGUCAGAUGCUUUGUAUUUUUAUGCAAAGAAACACAGAUCAAAAAUAGGUAAAGCGUGGCUGGCAUAUCUGUGAUACUUCUAUGCACUUGUGUAAAUAUAGUAUUUGAGUCUUAAGUUCCUAUAGAUUUUAGGCAUUUAUCUUUUCAUUUUAGUACUGUUAUUAAAAGCACAAAAGCAAAGGUGUGCAGAACUGCUUGAAAUCACCAGUUCAGAAAUUAACAAGUUGAGAGAUAACUCGCCAGAUAUAAUUACUCUACAUUAUACAGAAAAUGCAUAUAACAGAACCCUGCACAUGACAGAACCCUGCACAUGACAUUUGUGUAUAGGUAUUUUUACUCAGAGAUUUUGCUUGUAUCAGUUCCAAUUACAGAGAGCAUGAUAGAGCAGUGGAGAGAUCAGGAGAGCGAACUUCUAAGAAAAUCAAAGCCGGAUGAAGGUUGUUCUGGCAUUUGUUUAAUCUGACUCAUUUUUAUAACAUUCAGGGUUAUGCUGUAUUAAUAGCAUACAUAUAAAUGCGCAGCUUUAUAUUAAAGUUGAUCAUCACGAUUGAUUAAUGGAUAUUUGUAUUUCUUUUAUUCAGUUGAUCUUGGUGCAAAUGGUUGGAUACUGUUUUAUGUUGUUGAUCUUGGUGCAAACGGUUUUACGUCAGUAUUACUCGGCAAAGUAAUAAUGGUCAGGGGCGGAUUUUCUGGGGGGUAUUUUCUGCACAGUAUGCACUAUGACGUACAUACAACUUUUUCAUCUUCUUAAGAGAAUAAAUUCGUGUGACAAACGUUGUAGGGACGUUGCAUUAAAUGUGUACAUUAAGACGUUCAGAUGACGUGGGUUCGACGUUAUGUUUUAACUCUAAUGCAACGUUUUAUAGUGACGUAUUGCAUGGACAUUUAUACAAUGUCUGUGCAACGUUAUAGAUUAACCUUCGUUCAACGUUAUGCCAUGGCUACCACUGACCUUCUAACAACGUCUGGCCAACGUUACGUUAUUACUUUAAAGCAACGUUCCCUCUAACGAAAUGAACAUGGCGCAAAAACAUUCAAACAACGUUUGCACAACGUUAUAUUUUACACAGUAGACAACGUUACAGUGUGACAUUCCAAUAACAUCUGCGCGACGUUAUAUAUCACAUGUUGAAACAACGUUUUCCCCACCAACAAAGUGAACAUGGCACAGAAACAUUCCAACAACGUUUGCGCUACGUUAUAUUUUAUAAUUCAAGUAACGCACAGGCAUGCACAUGAUCAGAUAUCGGACUGACUCAACUGCUAUAUUAAAAUAAACGUUGUCAUUAAAUGUAGUUGAAUAAGGCAUAACAUUUAUAGCCACGGCGGUCAACAUCAGAGAUUUGACUGAUUAAUCAGACCAGUAAUUAUUACUCUACCAUGAUCGACAGACGUAUGUGGAUGUUGUUUAAUACUAAGACACAUAUUUAUAUAUUGAACUAUAUUUAUUCUUCUUGAAUGCCUAUAUAGCUGCCAUGCCAAUAUAAGAUUGUGCAACUAUAUAAACACGAGGUGAUCAAAACAUACGUUUUAACAACAUCUGUUCGACGUUAUUUCGAACAUCAAAGCAUAAUCUCCAGGCAACGUUAUAUUUCAAUGUUAUAGUGACCUUACAGUGUAGUAUAUAUAGCUAGAGUGACUGAUUCGAACAAACUGAACACCAGUUUGCUUUUCCAAAGCAAUUCUGGCUGGAGUUGCUCCAAAGAAAGGCUUUCUGACAGCGAUUGGCAUAAUGCCUGAGCGUGGGUUAUGCAUCAAUAACGAUGAACCAAUCAGAUGAACCAAUCAGCACGCUGAUUGGUUGAGCUAAUGCUGAAGCAUAUUAUGUUUAUUUUGUGGUCGUUUUGCCAAUACUCUCCCUCGCCUGUUGCGGCUAUUUCUUCUGGGUGCUUGGCUGUUCUCUAUAUUACUUGUGAUAUCGACGCGUUCAAUGUAAGUAUAAAUACUGUGUGUAUAUGCUUCUUUAAAUUGUGUAAUCAGGGCUAUAUAACAACGUAUAUUCAUAGUAAUAUUUUGCAUUAUUUUGCAGCAUCUCUGGAAUAUACUCUCUGUUGCCUUGCGAUAUUUGAAGCUACAAAAUACCCACUACAGAUCAAUACAGAGACUUUGAUGUAAGUAUAUAUUAAAUAAAUUUGUUAUUUAUAAUGCUAUUGAUCUUAUACUAUGAUAUUACUUCUAUGAUAUCACAUAUGUGCAUGAAGUCUACCUGAGUCAUGGUCGUUUACCUGAGUCAUCGAAGGAAAUUAUGUCUGCUACAAACAAUUUCUUUAAUUUUGUCGGUUUGCGCUAAAUUCGUAACCACCUAGUUUGGCUUGUUAAAGGCGAAAUAUGAACUAGGAGUUGCUUUUACAGGUUAUUACAAUUAAUAUAUACUAUAUAUAGUAUAAGAAGUAUUAGCAUAUUUGCCGGGAAGAAGUCCUUAGGUGAUUUCCUGAAAGGCCAAAGGUUGUUGUUUUGAUAAUUUCAAAGAUGGCCGCCUCAAGUCUUUCGCAUAUAAAAAUAUUCUGAAAAUAUGGAUCACUCUUAAUUACAGCUUGUAUAUUCUUUAAGUCAGACCAGAAACAUUUGUUUGAAAUAUUAGUAAUAGCACAAUCUCACAUUAAAACAAAUGCUUGUAUAACUGGGCAGUUAGAAUGACCUGACUGUGUGUGGCAGGGCAAAAAUAUACAUGUUUGGCACACUGGAAGUGCCCACAUUGCCCCAAACCGAAAAGUAAGGUUUAAAACAGAAGUAAUAAGUACUCAAAAACAGAGAAAUAUAGCAAACAAACACAGAUGGUCAGCAUCAAGGCAGGAUUAAAAUGGAUUGUUAUAAAAAUACCAAUUAUUUAGUAAUAUCACAUUUUGCACCACAGUCUUCAACAAUUGCCAUUAAAACAAUGCUUUGAUUUAUUUUUUUGAUGAUUUUCAUUAAUCCACUACCUUCAAAUAAAACUUGAUUGACAGCCAAAUGUUUCAAAACUACAAGAGACUGUAUAAAUUGUCAAUUUUAAUUGCCUGUGCAUGAAAUAUAUUGUGUGUUAACAUACUACAUAUGCAUAGGUGUAUGGUCAGGGAAGCAGCUAUACCUGGUGGGCUGCCGCUACCAAUGGAGUUGACUGACCGGGCUAUUGUAUAUAUUUUAGGCAUAUCGCUAUAACCCCAGUUUUUUUACCCCUGCCAAUGUGAUCAACUGAUCGAGUAUUUAAGUUCCUGAGCUGGGAUGGACAUAAAAUGCUCAAAUGCCCUACUAGUACUUUAGUAACUUGCUAAAUUAAUGCCCACAGUAUAUUGGCAAAGCCUCAUUAUUCUUAAAGAUGCGGUAAAGUCCGUUCUGCGCAUAUAUUCUGCACAUCAAAACAUUCCAUCAGUGGGGGAGCAACCUUUGGAAUGUUGUCAAUAUUUCGCACCUUCCAAACUUUCUUUAAUUGAAUCUCUAGUCUGUAUUCAUUUACAACAAGCAUAACGAACCAGAAAAGUGUUAAAAAUUCAGUAUAAUAUAUAUCUAAUCAUAUUUUACAACUGUACCACUGAGUUCAAAAUGUAAACAAAGCGUUUGUUUACAUUACAAACUUUACAUCACCUUUAAUUAAUUGUGUUAGCGUUUUCUUGUUAAAAAGAUUUAUUUAUUAGAAGCUUUCGACUGCCAGUCUGCAGUCUUUGACGGGUAGAUUAAUAAUGUGCUAGUGAUAUAAGAUAUGAUACAAAGUGAAUAGUGCUAUACAAUAGCGGUUUACAAUUACAUUUAUAAUAAUAUAAUAAUAAUAAUAAUAAUAAUAAUAUAAUUUAAUUUGCCACCAUUACAACAUUUUGUAAAGAAAAAAUAAAUUAUUUACAAUAAUUAAUGAUAAUAGUGGCAAGGAAGCUUAAAAAAGAAACCAUAAGGCUUAUGUAAAUUUAAGCUUCCUCAUUUAUCGGGGGUAUAUAUAAAUAUCAAAUAACAUUUCAAGAUUUGAUAAAUUAUGGACAAUAUGAGUGUAGGUAUUAAUGGAUAAUAAUUAAAUACAAAUUCACACCAAUUAUAAAUAGGUACACACUUGAUUCUAUUGGCGCACAGUAACAAAGAAUAUUCAUUCAUUUCGUUAUAGAUUUAUAAGAAAUAAAAAAAUCAUUUUAAUGUAUAAGGUAAUUAUUUAUUUUAUAAUAAAUAAUUUUUUAAUUUUCUUUUAAAAGAAACAAAAGAAGUAAUAUUAAUAAUAUCAAUAGGUAGUGAGUUAAAAAACUUUGGACCCUGGAAUCUUACAGAAAAUUGUCGGAUAUUUGUACGACACAAUGGAGUUCUAAUGGCCAUCGCACUCCUUGUAUUAUAUGAGUGGACUUGAUAAUUUGAUACAAACAUAUCAUUAAAUUUACUUGGUAAAAGACCACUGCGAUAAGAGUACAUAAAUUUACCCAGUUGAAAUAGAAGAAUAUCAUUAACUUUAAGGAUAGAACAGUUCUUAAAUAAAGGUUCUGUAUGUGCAUCAAAUUUACAUUUAUUUAGAAUUCUAAUUGCUCGCUUUUGCAGUAUAUUGAUACGAUGAAGAUUAUUUUGAUACGUUGAAGCCCAAACAAUAUUACAAUAUUGGAUAUACGGGUAAACAAUUGAAUAGUACAAAGUGAGUAAGGAUUUCUUAAGUAGAUAAAAACUGGCUCUUAACAUUAUUCCUAUGGAUUUAGACAUUUUACGUGCUACAUACGAAAUGUGUGAUUUCCAAGAUAAUUCCUCAUCCAAUACUACCCCUAAAAAGACAGUUUCUUUCACUUGCUCAAUAUAUUCAUUAUUAAUGAUUAAUUGAAAAGUAUAAUUAUAUUUCUUUUGUCUUGGUUUAAAUACAAUAAAUUUUGUUUUUUCUAAGUUUAAUGAAAGCUUAUUUGAUUUAAACCAGUCUGACAAUUUUCUAAUUUCAAUAUUCAAAAUAUUAGUUAAUUCUAUUGGGUCUUUAUUCGAAAUAAAUAAGUUUGUAUCAUCCGCAAAUAAGAUAAGCUCCAAUAUACUUGACACAUGGAUUAUAUCAUUGAUAUAUAUUAAAAAGAGCAGCGGACCAAGGAUAGAACCUUGUGGGACCCCACAUUGUAUUUUAUUAGGACAGGAACAGUAAUCAUUAAAUUGAACGAAUUGUGUUCUAUUUGAGAAAUAACUCUUCAUCCAGUCCAAAGCUAAUCCACAAAUUCCGUAAUGGUCAAGCUUAUCAAAAAGAAUAUUGUGGUCUAAAGUGUCAAAGGCUUUAGAUAAGUCUAAAAUUACACCAACUGCAAACUCUUUUUGAUCAAUUGCUAUUUUAUCAUAAAGAUCCACCAGGGCUAAAGAAGUGGAAUGGUUUUUUCUAAAACCAUAUUGGUUUUCAGACAAGAUACUAUUUUUAUUUAGGUAAUUUAACAUCCGGUUAUAUAUAACUCUUUCCAGAAAUUUCGAGAAACAAGGAAGAAUAGAAAUUGGUCUAUAAUUUGUAAAUAGUGUUCUAUCACCUGAUUUAAACAGGGGAAUAACACGAGCAAUCUUCAUUUCAUUUGGCACAAUACCAUGAGUAAUAGAUAAGUUGAUAAUAUGAGUUAGAGGUUUAGCAAUUAUGUUUAUAGUUUGCUUUAUUAUUAACAUGGGAACUUUGUCAUAUCCAUAUGUUUUGUUUGAUUGAAAACUUUUAGAAAUCUCAAUAAUUUCAUUUUCUGUUGCCGGGUUAAAAAAUAUGGAAUUAGGAUAUUGGCCUACAAGAGAAUUUAGAUGAGAGUUUGGAGUAGAUUGUAUUCUUUUAGCAAGAUUUGGACCUAUGUUUGAGAAAUAGUUACAAAAUCUAUUAGCAAUUUCUAUGGGAUCAGAAAUUUCAAAAUUAUCUACUUUAAAUGAUGAUGGGAAUUUCAGUUUUGACCGCUUCUUAUUUAUGACUUCAUUAAGUGUCUUCCAAGUAGAUUUAAUGUUUGAUUUCUCAUUUUCUAACCUCUUUGUGUAAUAUAAUGAUUUAGCAACUCUCAAAGAGUGGGUCAAUUUGUUUUUAUACUUUUUAUAAGAUAUCUCAUUAGCAAGAGUUGGGUCACUUAUAUAUUGUUUAUAUAGUUUAUUUUUCCUUUUUAUGGAUCUUAGCAAACCUUUUGAUAACCAAGGCUUGUCAAUCUUGUGAUGUUUUAUCUUUAUUCUUCUUAAAGGAAAACAGUUGUUAUAAAUUUCUGUAUACUUAGCUAAAAAAGUAUUGUAAGAAUUGUAAGGGUCAUCAUAGUAUUUAAGUUGGGACCAGUUAAUACUACCCAAUUGCUCAAUGAAUUUAUUUAUAUUAGUUUUGUUUUUAUCUCUGAAAGUAAUUUUUCAUUAGUAUUAUCACAAUAAUUCAUGUCUUCACAGCUAAUUGAAAACACACGCAAGUGAUCAGAAAUAUCUGUAAAUAACAGGCCACUUGUAGAUAUGGAAGAGAAGUUGUUCGUAAAUAUGUUAUCGAUUAAUGUUGAAGUAUGAGCUGUUAUUCUUGUUGGACAAGUUAUAAGUGGAAUAAACAUAUUUGAAUACAUUCCAUCUAAAAUUCACAAGUCAAGGAAUGACUGUCAUAGUUCAAUAAAUUUAGGUUAAAAUCACCCAUUAUAUAACAGGUUUUAUUUUCAUUAGAAAUUUUUCCUAUUAUAUCAUACUUGCUUAGAAAAGAAUUGGCAUUUUGAUUUGGUGGUCGAUAAAUUAUUCCAAUAAUGAUAUUUUUACCAUGGGGUAUGCAAACUUCAAUAAAUAAGGAUUCCGCAACAUCAUCAUCAUCAAAAAUUAAAUCAGUACGUAUUUUAGAGGUAAAGCAAUCCGACAAGUACAAACCAACAAACCAACACCUCCACCAAUUUUAUUAACCCUGUGUUUAUGAAAAAAAUUAUAUCCCUCAAUAUCAACAGAGUGUUCUGAGUUUUUUAGCCAAGUUUCAGUUAUCCCAAUUACUGAAAAUUCAAUAUUCAGAGUACUUAAUAAGUUUGUUAAAUUUGAUAAAUUACUUUCAAGACUGCGGAUGUUUAGAUGAAAUAAUGAAAAACUGGAAGCACAGGAAAUCUGUGAAUUUAACAUUUUGUUAAACUGAUCUUCAACAAAAUAAUCGCAGUGGUUAACGAAAUUAUCAUAAAAAUGUGAGUCUGGGUCCAGAUCAUUAGACAGAAAGGGGCGAUGGCCUGCACCCGAAAUCAAUGGAUUAUAAUUUAAACUGAUUAAUCUCUCUUGACUGAAAUUAAUAGGGCCGUUUUUUAACUCAAACAUUUCUAAGAAAAAUUCAAAGUCGUCAAGACCAUGAAAAGGCAAAGCAUUCAUUGACAUUGAAGACUGCAUGAUAAAUAAAAUUAAUAUACAUUAAUUAUUUAGAAUUACUUAGCUUCAUAGAGAGCUAGGGUGUAAAAUUUGCACUGAACAACUCAAACUCCUUCACUGAUUUGAAUGAUACAGCAGCAUCAGUAUCAAUUUUCUUCACAUAGGACUUGCCAUAUUUGGUCCAAGCAUACUUGAAAUUAUAUUUUCUCCGGAAUUCCCUCACUUUAUAAAACAGCUCCUUGGCUUUAGGUGUCAAGCUUUCGUUAAUAUAUAAUUUAUUCACUGAUUGCGAAAAACCAACAAAAUUUGAUGAGUUGAGACCUCUCAGACGACCUUUAUUAUGGUAUACAGCAUCUCUGAUGUUUCGACUGAUAAAUUUAGCAAUUAUUGGAGGCGUAGUACCUUCUCUAGAUGGUAAACGAUGACUCACUGAGACAUCUGAAGGUUGAAUGUCGACUGCAAUUAACUUACACAUUUCAGUAACCAACUCAUCAGUAUUCUCACUUGGCAUUUCGGGUACGCCAUGGAAUUCCAGGUAAUCCCUUCGAGAAUAUAAUUUAAGAUCUUCUUGCGCUUCCUCUAACUCAAGUAUUUUCGAACUCAUUUGAUUCAUCUCGUACUUUAAUUUUUCAUUUUCGACUUUCAACUGAUUGUUUUCCUCUUUUUAUGAGUUUACUGCAGCUAAUAGUUCAUCGAAUUUAGCACCAAUAAAAUUUUGGCUAUUUUGAAUGACUAGCAUUUCUUCUUGAGACUUUUUAUGUUGCUUGCAGACAACAUCAUUAAGAUCCUUUAUCUGACCUUUACCUGAUCAUUAAGAUCCAUUUACUGACACAAAAGACAAUUGCUGACAGUUCUGCCCAUGUAGAAGAUUGUGACUAAUUAUUAAAAAGUUUUCUUACUUAUUAAAAAAUAUUAUUUAAAAUUUAUAGUUUUUCAUUAUUCUGAUACAUAUACAUAUCAUCAUAUCAUUGAUAACUGGCUCCAAAUGAUUUUUCGAGUUAGCAAAGCAGCAAGCAAGUAACUUCAGGCUUACAUACUUAGUGGCUAGGUUGGCUGGCCACACUACACAGACUUUUUGGAGAUAGCCAGUAAUAACUCUACAAUGCUUCUUUUAACUUAGUUUUAAAUUACACAUAUUACUCAAGUAUAUUGAGUAACUUGUGUAGCACAAAUUGCUUUAGACUUUUAAUUUCUGCAGCAACACAUAUUUCCCCCUGAAAUUCUACUCAUCCACUGAAAUUCUACUUGUGAUGUAAUAUAUAGGUGUAUUGAUCUUUCUACGCCAAAAAAUUAAUUAUACUUGACCAUAGCAGGGAAUCCUCGACUUUCACAUUUCUAGAAUGACACUAUACCCAUCUGAGCUACAAGGCCAAGAUGGGAACAAUGUUACUGUACUUGGCUCAAUCCUAAUUUGCAUACACUAAUAACAUACAUAAACUUGCUAAUAUUCCUCCCUCAAUAAGUAUUCAAUUUUUCAAUUGAAAAACUUUCCUUUCUGUAGGUUUAUUAACAUCCAUAACAUCAAUUAUCUCUGCCUUAAAAUCAUUAAGACCCGAAUGACCCUCCUCAAAAAAAUGUUCGUACAAAUGUUGACCACAUAUCCCUUUGGUCCUUAGAAAAUGAGGUGAUAUCAGUUUUAUUUUGAGAUUGGAGAAAACCUACAAGUUCAUGCAUAUAAAUUAAAACAAAGCAACUAUAUAAUGCUUUUCUACAACUGACAGUUAUUUAAAUAUAGAUGCGCGGCCAGGAUAAGACAUAUUAAAUUCAAAUGUUCUCUGACCAAAUAUUUUAUUUGACGAGCUAUCGGCUAUCAGAUUUAUAGUCUUCAAUGGGUAACUAACUAAGCUGUUGAAUUUAAUAUGACAGUUAUUUGUUCUAUAGCUGUGGUAAUGAAAGCAACUAAGCGAGCACAGUACAAAUGAACCUGGGCUGCAGCAGCUCUAACUUUGAGACGUGCUCAGUGUGAUGCCACACCUUCUGAAGAUGAAAGUACAGAGUUACUUGAACUCUCUUUUAAUUCAUCGUCAGCAAACAGUAGCACUGAGUCUGAACAAGAUGUCCUGGAGCCUUCCCCCAAACGUGGACAGACCUGCGCAGAAGCAAACUGUUCAAGUACUCAAAGUGUAAAUGAUGGUUUUCUUGCCGAAGGCUUAGGAAACUGGGCUAACAAGUUUCUCAUCAAACACAAUGCGCUUGAUGGACUUCUUGUUCUUCUCAAGGAGAAUGGCCAUCCAAAUUUGCCUGUUACUCCCCGUACAUUGUUGUAAACAGAAAGGAAUAUUACUAUUCAAAAAAAGUCUGGGAUGGAGUAUAUUUAUUUCCGUCUAGCUAGUCAGUUGUUGAAGCACUUUAAAAAGUACCCCCCAGAUACAGUUAGGGGGACAAACUCUCUAGAAAUUUCAUUGAAUGUCAAUGGUCUUCCAUUAUUCAAGAGUUCAGGCAUGUCUUUGUGGCCAGUGUUAUGUGCCAUUGUUAGCAUGAAGCCUGUAAUAGUUUUUCCUGUUGUGCUAACUUGUGGUAAAUCAAAACCUAAAGAUUUAGAAUUCUUGGAAGAUGUUAUUAGAGAUUUGGACGAUGUUCUGGAAAAUGGACAACAGGAUGGUGGUCGGUUAGUUGAAGUUACUUUGAGGUGCGUUGUUUGUGAUGCUCCCGCAAGAGCUCUUGUAAAAGGCACUAAGUUAUGCUCCGGUUAUUUUGGAUGUGACAAAUGUGCACAAAAGGGCUUGUGGGUUGGAAGAGUGAUAUAUCCUUUGGCGAAAGAUAUUGAAUUGCGCACAGAUACCUCCUUCAGAGAACAAACUGAUGAAGGACAUCAUCAUGGUACAAGUCCAUUCUGUAAUCUUCAAGUUGACAUGAUUAAAAAAUUUCCAGUUGACUAUAUGCAUCAACUGUGUUUAGGAGUCACUAGGAAAUUGAUUUUGACAUGGAUGAGAGGAAAACGUCAAGUGAAAAUAUCGGCUGGUCAAGUGGAAACAAUUAGUACUAAAUUACUAGACCUCAAAUCUUGCAUACCUAGCACAUUUGCACGGAAGCCAAGGAGUUUGGUUGAUGUUGACCGGUGGAAAGCCACUGAAUUUAGACAGUUCCUUUUAUAUACGGGUAAGAACGUUUAAACAGUAUCCUAAGAGAAGAACAAUUUGAGCACUUCUUGUGUCUUAGUGUUGCCAGUUGUAUUUUGGUGUGUCCAAUGUUAAGUCAGUCUCAUUGAGACUAUGCCAAACAGCUCAUGGAAUACUUUGUCGAGCAGGUGAGAAUUUUAUAUGGUGAUGAAUUUUUGGUCUAUAAUGUGCAUAGCAUGGUUCAUUUGGCUGAUGAAGUGAAAGAAUUUGGCAGCUUGGAUGCAUGUAGUUCCUUCCCAUUUGAGAACCACAUGCAAAAGUUAAAAAGACUUGUACGGUCCGGAAAGAACCCUAUUGCACAGGUUGCCAAACGAAUGAGUAUUCUGGUGCUAUUGAACCCACACAUGAAGCGAAAAUCAGUAUAAAGAAACCAGACAAUGCUUUUCUUUUUCACGGUUCUGGUUCAUCUUGUUGUGAAGUGGUUGACAACGUUGGUAAUCUUGAUGAGAAUGGAAAUGAAUUAUAUCGCUGUCGAGUUUAUGAGAAAACCGAUACUCUUUUUACGACUCCAUGUGAUUCUCGGCUAAUUGAUGUUUAUAAGGCUACUGUUCGCUGGACAACAAUGAAAAACCUUCCUUUCCACCUUCUCAAGUGAAAGGCAAUAAAGAUUGACCUUGGUCAUGAGAAAAUCGUGUUCAUGGCUGUAUUGCACACCAACAGUUAGUGGUUAUUAAGGUACUAAAUAAUGCUGAUGAUUUCCUUAAAUAUGGCUAGGAAUAUUUCAAACUUUGUUUAGAAGUCCAAUAUUGGUUGCUACCAUACGUUUAUAGCAAGAUUCAAAAAAGUUUUAUUAUCUGAGCAUUUUCUUAACAGCUAAAAAAGGCCAUACACCAACUUUGUUUACAAAUUAUUUGCUCUGAACUCAAUUAUAACUUUGCAACAAAUUUGCUAAUUUCUCAACACUUGAUUAACCCAUUUAUUAUAUUCAUUUUGAAAUCAGUGGUGUUCCCUGCAAUCGGAUUGGUUCACAGGGGUGCAAUUUCAGCACAAAUUGCACUCCUAGCAGUGUGAUUUGUACUGAAAUCGUGCACCUUCUUUCAACCAAUCACACUAGAGUGCUUACUUCAGCCAACCAAUCAUAUUUAAUCCAUUAAGCUGCAGAGUUUCUCAUUUCCAGUGGAUCAGUAAAAUCAUCUGGCGUUAGGGUGCCCCUGGGGCGGAUUACAGCUCAAAGGCUUAAUCAUAUGAUUGAAACAGCCAAUCAAUUUUAAGAAAAAUCUGAUAUUUCAAAUCAGCAAAAACAAAAAUAUUACAUGUCAUGAUUACUCUUGACUGGCUCAGCAAUUUUUUGCACAUAAAAAAUAUGGAUAGCUACAGUUAACUAUCAAAGAAUUGCAAAGAAUUUUUGACUUUUUUUAAAUUUCACAAAUAGUAACAGGCAAGUUAAGAACAAAAUUUUCUAUCAAACAUGGUCACAAUUCCAACACCAGCAGAUUUUAAUAUAAAGGCAUUAGGCAAAACAAGGUUUCAAACUCGCCUAUCGUAUUUCCAAUUUUAAACACACAAACUGCACCAAAGCUCUAUCAAAUCACUUGUAAAACCUACAAAUUAAUAUCUUUAAACUUACUUGUGUUGUCUCUUAUCCUUCAUGAAUGUCUUCAUUUCUUAACAUUUCUUACAGUAUUUUAAACAAAAGUACAAAGCUAAAGGUUCGCCUUCGCCUUGUUCGCUUAUUGUUGCUAUGCUACAGCAUUCAAGGAGGUACCGGAGGUGUGUCUUUUGCAAACAGAAACAUUUCUGCUUUCCAGUUUACAAAAAUAUUUAAUUAAAUUAAAGACCAUGUAAAGUCUGUUCUGCGCACAUAUUCUGCGCAGGCCUACAUUCCAAUGGUCAGGAACUUGUUGGGACCCGACCAUUGGAAUGUUAUUAAUAUUUCGCACCUUUCGAACUUUCUUGAAUGCAAACUCUAAUCUGUGUUAAUUUACAAGCAUAGCGGAACCAGAAGAGUGUUAAAAAAUCAGUAUAAUAUAUAUGUAAUUAUAUUUUACAACUAUAGCACUGAGUUCAAUUUUUUUUUACAUUACAGACUUUGCAUGGCCUUUAAGAUUUGAAAAUGAAUAUAAUACAGCACAAGCGGCCCAAUCUUGCAAGGGUCAGAUACAGUGGCGUAGCAGAUUCGAUAAUUGGGGGAGGACAAUCAUAUAUUUGUGUUCUGCAUUAUUGAUUUCUUUUCAUAUCAAUUGUUUACAAGGUCUGUGAACACAAAUAUAUGAAUAUUGCCCCCCUCCCAAAUUAUCGAGUUUGCUAUGCCACUGUCAGUAUAGACUUAUAGUAAUGUAUAUUAUAGUAAAAAUAUGUCGUAAAAUAUAAAUUUCGAAAUGAACUUGCCUAUUUGGUUGUGUGUUCUCCUUUUAUUCCUCUUUUGUUGGACUAAUAUUUUCCGAGACUUUACACUUGGUGGUACUAGUAUACACAAUACUACACUGAGUGCAAGGUCUUGAAAAAUAUUAGUCCAACAAAAGAGGAAUAAGAAGAGAACACACACUAUCAAAUUAAAUAAGCAAGUCAAGUUCAUUUUAAAGUUUAUAUUUUAUGACAUAUUUUUACUAUAAUAUACAUUACUAUAUUAAAGUCUAUACUGACUAUUAUGUUUUUACAAACAGUGGAUUCUUUGAAAAAAGCACUCAGAUACUCAAAAAGAGCGGAGGAGACAUCUAAUUUAGAGUCAGAUGAAAAUAGUUGAGAGAGAAAAAGGCCACAUGAGAAACCCGCACGUUAUGAGGAAUCUUCUAGUAGUAAUGAGAGUAAGUUGAUCACUUAUAUUGUAUUAUAUAUUAGCAGCGUGCUGUGUACUACAGUAUAACUAUAACAUCCAUUCAAUGAUUUUAGUGCGAGAAUUGAUCAGUCGAGAGGCAUAUGAAACAACAAGUCAAUACGAUUCAGUAAAAAUUGUCAGUCAAAAUAGUUUACUUUCACAAAUGACACAUUUUCUUGUUCAAUUAGAAUGAUUUUUACCUUUCAGGAAUACUUGUAGUGGUUUGGGAGAACUCUCUAGAUAGACUUUUUCCCAGAUGUAUUUUCCUACAUGCAUUUUUCUAUAACAUCGGUACACUCAGUAUAUAAUUUGAGACUCAGUAUAUAAUUUGAGCUUGCUUGUUUCAGGCCUGUUUAAAAUUUUAUCUCGGAAAAUGGUAAUUUAAUUAUUAAACUCAAAAUUCCUUUACUGAGUGCUUUACUCGAAUUUUUUGUCUUAUUAAGACGAUGAAAGUGAUACCCCAAGUCCAACAUCAAAGAAGCAAAGAUCUGAAAUGUCUCCUCAGUAUCCCCCUGCUCCAAGCCAGCUUGCACCAAUGAUGCCAGUACCACCAAUAUAUUUGUCAAAUAUGAAUAGUCAGCAAUCAUCAUCAUGUUCACAAAGUAUUACUUCUGGCCAAAAUUACUCGCAUGGAUUUCAUGUAACUGAGGACGCUUUUCCUGAGCGUAAUUUAAUUUCUGGAGUUAACCAGAUUUUAAGAAAUUCAAUUCCCAAUGGUAAACACUGAAAUAUUGAUUAUAUAUUGUACUUGGAAACAUAUGUAACAGCCAAUUCAAGAAAAGUUGUCCUUUGCAAAUCUAUAUAGUAAUUUAUGGCUUUGUCAGCACAUAUUGUAUGUAUCAUUCCUAAUCUUUGUUUUUUAAUGUGUUAUUAAGACAUAUUUGAAGAUCUACCAUUAAGCACACCAAACUUAAAUCCAGACUUACUUGGAACUGGUAAGUGAAACGUUUUGAUAUAUUUAAUAACUGGUAUCAUUAAUAUUUGCCUGUUCAGUUGCUUUUAUUUAAAGAUGAGUUCGUUUUAAUUACAGUAUGCAUGUGUUACAAUGAUUAUGGAUAAUAUGUCGCCUUAAUUGAAUUUUAAUUGCCCAUUUUGAUUUCAAUUUAUUUCCAGGUUCAUGUCCAACUUUCAUUGGUAAUGAAACACCAAGAUCGAGCAACCGGAGACAGGAGCAAUCGGACGGUAAGUGUUCAGAACAUUAUGGUUAUUGUGUAUAA